UAAAUAAAGCAAGGAAAAAUUAACUCCCCGAGAGGAGAGAGAAAAAGCGCGGGGGCGCGAGUCGCAUCACAACUUGCAAGGGCAAGCGCAAGCGCCGCACCCACCCCGUCUCCUCCUCCCGAUCCCAUCCCUCUUCGCCGCCCAUGGAUCACCGCCACCACCACCACCAGCAGCCGCCGUCGCCGAUGGAGAACUCCGCGGCGGGGUCCUCCAAGCCGCCCACCCCGGCCUCCACGCCCAACUCGCUCCUCGCCUCCGCGCGCCCCUCCCGCCCCUCUGCCACGCCGCCGCAUCCCUCCACGCCCGCCUCCGCGCCCACGCCGGCCUCCCGCACUGUCUACAGCGACCGGUUCAUCCCCAGCCGUACCGGAUCCAACCUCGCGCUCUUCGACCUCGCCCCUUCGCCCUCCCCCCACGACGCCGCCGCCACCGCCAGCGGCACGACCGCCUCCUCCGGAUCUGCGCCUACCACGUCACCGUACUGCGCUCUCCUCCGCGCCGCGCUGUUCGGGCCCGACACGCCGGACCGGGUGGCGUCGUCGGCCACCGCGUGCUCGUCCUCGUCGGCGGGUGCGUCGCCUGUGGGCACCCCGGCAACCGGGAACAUAUUCAGAUUCAAGGCGGAGGUGCCCCGGAAUGCGAAGAGGGCGCUUUUUUCCGGCGGGGACGAGGAGGAGACGCUGUUCCUCGGGGUGUUCACGACGAGGGGCGCCGGGCCUAGGAAGAUCCCAAGGUCGCCUUACAAGGUGUUGGAUGCCCCCGCAUUGCAGGACGACUUCUACCUUAAUCUUGUGGAUUGGUCGUCACACAAUGUCCUCGCUGUAGGAUUGGGCAAUUGUGUAUACUUGUGGAAUGCAUGCAGCAGCAAGGUCACCAAGCUAUGCGAUUUGGGAGCGGACGACAAUGUUUGUUCCGUGGGCUGGGCACAGCGCGGCACUCACCUAGCUUUAGGGACAAAUCAAGGCAAAGUUCAGAUUUGGGACGCAACUCGUUGUAAAAGAAUAAGAACAAUGGAAAGCCAUCGCAUGCGUGUAGGUGCUCUUGCAUGGAGUUCUUCGUUGCUUUCUUCUGGAAGUCGCGACAAGAGCAUCCUUCACCAUGAUAUCCGUGUUCAAGAAGAUUAUGUCAGCAAACUUACUGGGCAUAAAUCUGAGGUAUGUGGGCUUAAAUGGUCUUAUGACAACCGUCAGCUUGCAUCUGGUGGGAAUGACAACAGACUUUUUGUUUGGAAUCCACAUUCGACACAACCAGUAUUGAAGUAUACGGAGCACACAGCAGCUGUCAAAGCUAUUGCCUGGUCACCUCAUCUUCAUGGGCUUCUGGCAUCUGGUGGAGGAACCGCUGAUAGAUGCAUACGAUUUUGGAAUACAACCACCAAUACACACUUAAGUUGCAUGGACACUGGAAGUCAGGUCUGUAAUCUUGUGUGGUCAAAAAACGUAAAUGAGCUUGUUAGCACCCAUGGAUACUCUCAGAAUCAGAUAAUUGUUUGGCGAUAUCCAACAAUGUCGAAGCUUGCCACAUUGACAGGCCAUACAUACAGAGUAUUGUAUUUAGCUAUCUCUCCUGAUGGUCAGACUAUAGUUACUGGGGCUGGUGAUGAAACACUGCGGUUUUGGAAUGUGUUCCCCUCUCCGAAAUCUCAGAGUUCUGACAGCUUAAGUUGCAUUGGAGCAACAUCAUUUGUUAGGAGUUACAUCCGGUGACGCACUGAAAUGGUUCACUGAGCACAAUAGGUUUAUUGCAGCACAGUGUUGAUGAUCAUUAACAUCAUUCCACUUGUAACACCCAUGCCACCAGGUCAUCAAACAUCGAAGCUAGCCAGAUUCUAGAGAUAGCAGGAUGCACAAACUGAUGAAGCGGCUUGCUGAGUCCAGGCAUGGCUCUUCUGCUGAAAGAGUGUACAUAUUUAUCAAAUUGCGUUGUAGGACUGAACACCACAGAACAUUUGACUAUCAGCAGUGUUGCAUUGAUAAGGAUACGCCAUCAUCUUUUUGUUUCUUUUGCGAGUCAACCUCGAGCUGGAGCUCUUUCUGUAAUGUGCUAGCAGUUAACCUAUUAAAAACGUUUACUAACUUAUGACGCCCGCCUCAUCCGUGUUCUUUGGUGGGCUGUGAGAAUAUUUCUUGUUCAAAUUUCAUUCCUUGCUUCUCAAAGGAGGGUUGAUUCGUCCUGAA